GCAUUAUCCGAGUGUUCGCCGGUGCGCAGUCAGCAAUCGUCGACCAACGUCUCACAUCUCCACCUGGAGUGUCAAAUCGAUCAGAUACGAAUUUCCGACGAGGAUACUUUGAACCUAAGGAACAGGCCGCGACGGGUGGUCAAUUCAGCAAGAUGUCCGGAUACAAUGGGCGGCGAGCGCCCAACCUCUCGCAGUUCCUCGAGGAUCUCAAUACGAUUCCGUCGCCGUUUGAACAAGCGGUCCAGCAGCAACAGCAACAGCAGGAAUCGUUCAAUCUCGAUGAAGAGCUGGCGAUGUUCACGAAUGCCGAAUUCCUCGACUUCGACAACCUGGACAUGAACAUACCCUUGUACGACCCCGAGGACAGUCAGAACCAUGGAGACAAGGCUGGUGUCGGUAAGGAGCAAGACGUGAAAUACAUGGACCUGUUGAAUGACUUCAACCUUCCGGAUUUCACUCAGACCGACUUCAACGCUUCCGACUCGCAAAUGAUGCACAUGCAGGCUCCUCCUUUCCCUGCUCUUCCCUCUCACAACAAGCCCGCGGCGAACAUCACAUCGCCUACGGACCAUGCGACGCCAAUCUCCGCUCCAACCCCACAGCCGCAAACUGCAGUUUCCACUCCUGCCCCAUCUCGAACUGCCGGCACAAAGCGCAAGCAAUCCACUCAGCAUGACGGCCCUCGGAGCCUAGAGGAGGCCUCGCGCGCGGCUGCUGAGGAGGACAAGCGUCGUCGUAACACCGCGGCCAGCGCUCGAUUCCGCAUCAAGAAGAAGCAACGUGAGCAGGCCCUGGAGCGCACGGUCAAGGAAGCCACCGAGAAGAAUCUAGCCCUGGAAGCCCGAGUCCAGGAACUAGAGCGGGAGAACAAGUGGCUCAAGGAUCUCAUCACGGAAAAGAACGGCGGUACUGCUGCUGAAGCGGAAGAGCAUGGCUCCGAGCUGGCACUGAUGUUCAAGAAGUUCCUGGCCAGCCAGAAAUCCGGCAGUGAGAAGGUUAGCACUGUGAAGCCCGUCAAUGAUGUGAGCGCCAGUGCUUAAUAUGCUCCAUUUUUUUUUCUCGGUGCUUGCUACAUUCCUCUACACCCUUGCUUUCUCUGCGUGUGCAUAUUAGCUAUAUUUUCCAUCGUCAGUGAACGGCAUUCGAUGCUGUCGGGCGGUCUGCUGUGGGUUCAUACAGAGUUGGGUGGUAUAUAUUCUGGUUGGUAUUUGUGAUUUAAAAAACACUCGGGCGCAUGAUUGGCACGGCCCGGAUCGGUCUCCUCGACGGCCACGGCCCCAAUCAGGUUGGCGCGUAGGCGUUUUAUGUGUGGCUGGCAGCUGUAUUGAGAGAUAUGCAGAGCCAAUGAAUGAUGAAAUGGAG